GGUGGGUGGACACGAGAGCCGAUAUGGACUCUAUUCAAAUAUCUCUUGCGGCUGCCAAAGGUCGAAAUCUGAUUCCUCGGUGGUCCAGCCCGUGGCCUACUCACUGCACCUACUGGGAUAUAUCCAGCACUCGAGAUAAGUAUGCACGCAGACAUGGGUAUGCAUUAUCCGGGUAACUGUGAGAGCUGCCAAAUCAUAAUAUUUGAGGGACCAACAAAAUUGUGCAUAAUGAAUGUAAGUUAAAAGUUUUUCGUUCCCGCUUUGAUAAGAGAUGUCGCGCAUAUCUGACCCUGAUCACCAUCUAUGAACAAUACUCUGAAAUGCUUCUGAAAGGCUUUAAGGCACUAGAAAAUGGCGACGUCGUUGGGAUCGAAUGGAUGGGAAGAUCUUCGGAAACAGGCACGGCAGCUUGAAAAUGAGAUUGACCUGAAACUUGUAUCAUUCAGUAAGUUAGGUACAGGUCAUGGAGGAGUAGGAAGUAAGUCCGACAGUGCUGACACUGUGCCAUUGCUGAGUGGUGAGCAUAUGUUUGAAACGAUGGCCCUUGAAAUUGAACAACUUUUGUCCAAGUUAUCAAUGUUGAAUGAGAGGCUUAGAGAGGUCUCAUCAACACAGGCAGCUCCACCAAGCUCAGCCCUGCAACACACAUUACAACGGCACCAGGAGAUUCUGCAAGAUUACACUCAAGAGUUCCGAAAGACACAGGCCAAUUACAGGGCACGCAGAGAGAGAGAGGAUCUUCUCAACACUGUCCGUAAGGAUAUUGAUAACUACAAGACUUCGUCUGGGUUAAACAGAAGGAUGGAUUUGUAUUUAAAAGAAAAUGAACAUAUUCGAAGUUCUGACCGACUGCUGGAAGAACAAAUCAACAUUGCUGUGGACACCAGGGAUCACUUAGUGUCCCAGCGUCUAACAUUUAAGCGCUUACAGACCAGGAUCAAUGACAUCUCCAAUCGAUUUCCUGUUGUCAAUAGUUUGCUCCAAAGAAUUAACUUUCGUAAACGACGGGAUUCUAUCAUUCUUGGCCUGGUUGUAGGUGUUUGUACAAUAUUGCUGCUGAUGUAUGCAUUCCGUUAGUAUUGUCAUGGCCAUGCUUGUGCCCAGACUCAUAAUAAGGACAGAGAUCUUUACUGCACUUCUUGCUUCCCGAUGGAUGGAGCUGAUUGUUAUGUUCUACAGAUAAUUUUAUCAAAUUGUGACUAGUUAUGCAAGGUCUGUUAUUCCUGUGUGUGUGUGGUCUCCCCUCCCCAAACGGAUCGAAUGAUUGUGUAGUUACAAUUUGAUACAGCAGUACUGACUGUGAAAUGAGAUACAGAUUUCAUACUACUUUAAGCUGAAAAAUAUUUCUGUCUAAACAGAUACAUUUUUUUUUUUAAAUAAUAAGACCAAUGACUUGGUAGUAUUUGAGCUGUCAUUAUUACAUACCACAUUAUCUAUCCAGUGAUAUUUAAAUGGGCUCUAUAUCUGUGUGGGAGGUUUGAAUGAAACUGAACAAGCAUUAAAUUUCAAGCAGGCAGGUUAUAUUUAUAUUAAAAGCAUAUUUUUUGUGCAUAAUAAAUAACUGAUUCUUCAGUGUUAUUAUUCUAAGCACAGUUUAUUUAAUUAUAAAAGUACUGUGCUUUUGAUCUAAAAAUCAUUCUGUUGCGAGUUCAGUUAUGUGCAUGAAACUACCUUUAUGUUGCAUAUUUAGAAAUAGGUGACUUGAAGGGAAAACAGAUGAAAGAAAGAAAUAAAAAUGAAGUGUCUGUUAUGACUUAGAUAAGUGUGGUAGGAGGAGGUAAUAUAACUUUUUCCCUAGCUCAGCCAACCUGUUGUUACCAAGAUCUGAUCACAGUACUGCACUGGACCAUGCUGAAUCUCUUUGUUUCAGUACUCUCAGAGGUUAAGGCCUUUAAUUGUUCUCUGGAGAAAUGAAGGUAAAGGCUUUGGUAUGUCAAGUUUGAUAACAGUCUAGGGCAGGCACUUCUUUAUUCGCUGAUUUAAUCAGCACAGAUAUUCUACUAUUGUGAUGUUAAGUAGCUUUUCCUGUAUUAUGCAUAUUUCCUCAAAAUUAAAUUAAUACAUAACAGGGAGAUUAUGUUUGUAUGUUUCAUUCUGAAAUUGUUCAGGGCAUUUUGUUGAAAAAAUGGGAACCUACACAAGCAGUUUCGAUAUAAAUAUAAUUUUUUUUAUCUGUAUUAAUUCAAUAUAAAUCCCACUUUACAUGAAGUUCAAACUGAAAUUUCUCAAAAAUAGCUCAGGAUAUAAAAUUUAUACACAGAGUACAAAAUAUAGAGCCUGUUGAAAUCUCCGGUGUUCAAUGUAAAUAUUUUUCAAUGUGGACUUGUUUCAUGAAGUACAAGAGAAAUGGUUUUAUGACUCUUCAGUGCUGCAACAACAAAUUUAUGUAUGCAAAUAAAUUAGUGAAGUUUUGUGCAAUAUGCUAAGUUGAUAUGUAGUAAACCUGCAAAGUAAGAGAACUCAUGUGUUGUUGAGACUGGCUCUGCUAUGUUGAUAUGGAAUAAAGAUUCUAGCUUUCAGGAGACCAUCUCUGAAAUACCAAAGUUUUAUUUCUUAUGACCAUGGCUGAUUACUCGGGUUUAUUUAAUUGGAAUCUGAAUUUGCUUUUAACUUGUAUUAUUGAUGUUUCACUACUAUACAGGAGAACACAGAGCCAACAUGAUUUAUUGUCUAAGCAAAAUUUUAUUGUAAACCUUUGAUUUCCUCAUAUGUUCAAUAUCAUAUGAGAAA